ACUUGUAUUGUUUUCUUAUUUAAGUAAUAUCAAUGGAAACACCAGAUGCAAAUGGCUAUGUAAAUGUAGUCUGGCCAAGUAAGAGCGUUCCACAUGGUGGUAUUUUUCAUACCAGAGUUGUUGAACCUUCAAAAACACAGCAGCAAUUUCUUAAAAUAUUAUUAGAAGAAUCUAAACUUUCAAUCGCUCAGCGAAAGAAAUCUGCAUUAGCCCUACGUCAAUAUGAGGAAAAAGAACCUCCACCACGCGUUGAAAUACCGAUGGUUCGUCCUAGAACAUCUCGACGACGCUCUUUGUCAGCUAUACGUGAAUCUGGAAUAUAUGAAGCUGCGGACUAUCGACCGUUAAAACGCGGGGAAGACCGCGAGAAACUAAAAGACAAUUUAGCGCACAAAAUGGAAUAUGGUGACGAGGGACAGGUACCACCAGCUGCUCCUCGUAGACGCAAGUCUCCGCCAAGAUUACCCACCAAAAAGGAGAUGUGGCAUGAGUUGGUAACGCAAAUUAGAGAACGUGCAGAAUGGCUCGCUGAAAUGGAAGACCUGGGCCAUGGCGCUCCACAUCGCGAAGUGAUCAAGGAUCAGAUAGCUGAACGCAUGAGGGCCCUAGAUGCGUUAGGGCUGGAGAGCGAGCCAUGUACGGCAAGGUCUAAGGGAUCUGGAUUUAGUGUUCUUCCUAGUGUUAGGUCAAAUGCUAGUGCUAAAUCAGUGAAAUCCAAUCAAUCGCAAAAGAGUCAUAACAAGACUAAAUCAACAAGGACUCCAAAGAGGCAAUUGAAAAAAGAUGAAAAUGUGGCAGCAUACGAAAAACUUUCGCCUUUACAGUAUUCACCUAGGAGAAGAUUGUAAUAAUAAAAUUAC